UGAUAUCAAAUGUCAAACGGCCAUUUUGCGGCUUCGUAAAAGAACGCCGCUUUCAUUGUUGAUUACUAUUAUCGUAUUCGCUAAAUCUCUUUUUCUGUUUCAUUAAAAUCCUUAGAAAGCAAGAAGGUAAGAAUGUACAACAGGCAAGCACCGAAGAAUCCCUACAAAGUGAACGAUUUUCAGUCGAACAUGGCCAGGGGAGGCAUGCGAGGUAGAGGUGGAAUGAACAGGGGCGGAAUGAGUGGAAGGCCCCCGUACAAAGUGAAGAUGUUCUUGCCGAGACACCCUUUCGAUUUAGCACUUUGCGAAUCGUCGUUUCCUAGAUGCAAACCGGCACCUGAUGAUACAGCCUUUACGCAGGCACUGUUAAAGCGAAACGCCGAUUUGUCUCCAACGCCGGCUGAGCAAACUGCUAUCCUGAACCUUGUAACGAAGAUUCAGACUGUUUUGGAUAAUCUUGUUGUCGCACCCGGUAACUUUGAUGCUUGUCAAUUGGAUGAAGUCAGGCAAGUUGGUAGUUUCAAGAAGGGUACGAUGGUUGUUGGACACAACGUUGCUGAUAUUGUGGUUAUUUUGAAGACACUACCCACAAGGGAGGCAGUUGAAGCAUUGGGGAACAAGGUUAGAGAUGAUCUCAGGAAUCUCAUGAAGAAUGAGAUUGUUGCAAAAGGAGAGCAACUAAGUCACGUUACCAACGAGCGCGGCAUCGAAAUCAGCAAUUCCUUCGCUUGCGUGCGGGUCAUGGUGACCACUCUGCCCCACAACAUCCGUAAGCUGGACCCAGAGAUCCAUUUGGAUCAGAAAAUCAUGAUGAGCCACUUGGCCGCGAUACGUCACAUCAGAUGGUUCGAGGAAAACGCUCAUCAUUCGUCGAUCAAAGUCUUGAUCAGACUUUUGAGAGAUGUAAAGAAUAGAUUCGACGGAUUUGAGCCUCUGACACCGUGGAUGCUCGAUCUGUUAGCACAUUUCGCUAUAAUGAACAAUCCUAGCAGACAAGCGUUGCCUUUGAACGUCGCUUUCAGAAGGGUGUUUCAACUGUUGUCUGCAGGAUUGUUCCUACCAGGAUCUGCGGGAAUCACGGAUCCUUGCGAAGGCGUGAGCAUGAGGAUACAUACAGCCAUGACUUUGGAGCAACAGGAUGUUGGUUGCCUUACAGCGCAGACGCUGUUGAGGGUCCUGGCGCAUGGCGGGUACAAGCAUAUCCUUGGGUUGGAAGGAAACGCGUCUAUAGCGACAGAAAUGUCAGUUUGGGAUGGCGUGGUGGUGUCCCCAUUGGACAAGGCAUACGAGAAUCCCCCAGAGAAGAAAGAGGGGGAGGAAGAUGAUGAAGACAUGGAAGCAGAUGCCGAUGAGAGUAUGGAAACGCAAGAGUCUUGAAGGCGGUAGAUAUGUGGAUAUUGAGCGUGAUUUUACAGUAUUUUUCAUUUUGAAAGUGGUUAUGAUUUCAAAGUAUGCAUAAAAUAUUGUAAUGUGAAUAGUGUCAAGAUUGUGUUGUUGGUUCUGAUUGUGAGAAUAAACCUUUUUUUAUGAUUUA